GCCGACGGCCCAGGGCGAGCGGGUGGGUGCGUGCGAGCGGCCAAGGCGCCUGCGCGACGCCACGCCGGGCGGCCCGGAGCCCGCGGCGCGGAGCCAGCCGGGACGGACAUGCGCAGAACGGCGCCGUGGGGCGGCCGCGGCUCGGCGGGCCAAUGAAAGCUCCCGGCCGGUAGAGACGCGCUGCCCUGUUGGAGCGGCUCCAGAACAAGGCACCAUGUCAGUGGCAGGAAUCGCAGCUCAGGAGAUUCGGGCACCGCUGAAAUCGGGAUUUCUGCACAAGGGCCAGGCCCUGGGCACCCUGGAGAGGUGCUGGGACGCUCGAAGCAACUUGGACAGUUUCCUGGGUCUGGACCCUAUAACCAUGGCCUGCAGGCUGAACUCAGCAGCUCAGGAGCAUCUCCCGGCUCUCGGACGUGCUCCGAGGGCAGCUGUGCUGAAGAGCCACCACCUGGCAGAAAGGGGCCCCCCCCAGAAACCCAACCUGCCCCCCCUCAUCAUCCCCCCGAGCGAGGAGGAAGAAGAAGAGCAGCAGCUGAUGUGGGGCCUCAAGGGGCUGUCGGUGGGCGGGUCUUGUACCCCAACACCACCGCUGACACCCAGCCGGGCCUCACCGGCCCUGCUGGGCGGUUCGGGCCUGGCUGCGGGGGACCUGCGCGGCUCCCGGCCGCUGCCCCCCCUGCCCAUCUCUGAGGACCUGGCGUUAGACGAGGCCGACUGCGAGGUGCAGUUUCUCACCAGCUCGGACACAGCUCACCUGCUGGGCCACUGCGCGCUCCCCGACUUCAGGGCUGACUUGCCGGGCCGCCGCAGCUUCCGUGGCUGUGGCCAGAUCAACUACGCCUACCUGGACACCCCGGCCGCGUCGGCCACCGACCUGAACCAAUCCCCCGAACCCCCCGACAGCCCGGCACCAGCCCCACCGUCACAGGCGCAUCGGAGACUGCGACGCUCACACUCGGGCCCGGCCGGCUCCUUCAGCAAGCCAGCAGUGGCCGCCGGGAGCACUGUCAUGCGGGGCACAGCCCGCGCCUCGCCCGAUACCCCCGAGGACAAGCCCGAGGUGCCUCCACGCGUGCCCAUCCCGCCACGGCCCGCCAAGCCCGACUACCGACGCUGGUCGGCUGAGGUGACGUCGGGUACCUACAGCGACGAGGACCGGCCCCCCAAGGUGCCACCUCGGGAGCCGCUGUCCCGGAGCAACUCCCGGACCCCCAGCCCCAAGAGCCUCCCGACUUACCUCAACGGGGUCAUGCCCCCGACGCAGAGCUUCGCCCCAGACCCCAAGUACGUGAGCAGCAAGGCCCUGCAGCGGCAGCACAGCGAGGGGGCAGCCCCGGCCCCCUGCAUCCUGCCCAUCAUGGAGAAUGGCCGCAAGGCCAGCUCCACGCACUACUACCUGCUGCCUGAGCGGCCACCCUACCUGUGCCGCUACCAGCACUUCUUCCGCGAUGCCACCGACAACCCCGUCGGGGCCCCUGGGCCAAUCAGCACCACCACGACGCCCUCGAAGGCCAAGCCGGAGCUGGGCAGCCUGGGGAAGCGCAAACACUGCGCCUACGUGGUCUCCCCUUAGCCUGCACACCGCGGCUGCUUCACCAUUGGAGCAGGAGCAAGGCAAGCGCCAGGAUGCUGAGGAGCCCCUGAUCCCCCCCACUUGCUCCCUCCACUCGGGAGCUGGGGGAUCCAGGGGAGCCUGGACUACAAGUCUCUGUCCACUUGAGAGCUCACCCAUGCACAUGGCCCCGAGGUCACGCCCAAGUGGCUCCUGU